AUGUCCACACCUUUCCAGAAAUCAGUCCUUGUCUUUGGCGCAACCGGUAAACAAGGCUCCGCAGCUAUUGAUGCCCUCCUUGCAGGGGCCAACAAAGACAACUUACCCCUGAACAUCCUCGCCGUUACGCGCGACCGGACUUCGCGAGGUUCCCAGGCUCUAGCACAAAAGUCCAACGUGUCCAUCAUCGAAGGUGACCUGGCCAAUGUGGAAUCGAUCUUUGACCAAGCGACCGCAGACGGCAGGCCAGUCUGGGGUGUUUUCGGAGUACAGGUGAAUUCCCCUGAUGAAGAGAAGCAGGGCAAAUCCUUGGUGACAGUUUCUGCUGCGCGCGGCGUCCAGCAUUUUGUCUACGCCUCAGGGGAUCGGGGUGGACCGGAGAGAUCUGAAGCGGACCCGACCUUCGUUAAGAACUUCGCGGCAAAAUUCAGCAUUGAGAAGCAUCUGCAGAAGCUCGCAGCCACCAGUCGACAAGACAUGACCUAUACCAUCCUGCGGCCAGUAACAUUUUUCGAGAAUAUGACAGAUGAUAUACAUGGAAAGGGCUUCGCUCGAAUGUGGGAGCAGAUGGGUUCUAGGAAACCAUUGCAACUCAUCUCAACUAUAGAUAUCGGCUUCUUCGCUGCACAGGCAUUUCUCCACCCUGAUGAACAUCGCAAUAUGGCGAUUACUUUGGUUGGGGACGAGCUAACCCAGCCACAAGCUGAGGUCAUCUUCAAAGAGCUGGUGGGUUCCAGCAUGCCGAUGGUGCCGUGUACUGUCGGUUCUGCAGUGAAGUUUUUCAAAAAAGAUACAGUUGGGGAUAUGUUUCGUUGGUUCGAAAACAAUGGUUAUGGAGGAGAUGUGGUGGCGUGUAGAAAGAUAUAUCCGGAGAUGAUGGAUUACAGGACUUGGUUGGAGAACUGUAGUCCAUUCAUUCAGUCCAGGGCCUCUCGGUGA